AUGAGUAUGUUGGGGAGAAUGAUACCCCAAUCAUGCCGUUACCGUGGAGUGAAGUAUGAAUGCGGUUUAAGCAUCAGCUGUGUCUUAGGUGGUGGAAGACCCUUAGAUCUAUGCUCAGGAGGAAUGAUAUGGGCCUGUUGCAUAGACAGGGAAGUUUCACAUACGCCGACAAUUAGACCGGAAAUACCAGUUCUUAACAACGCCAGUUGUGGAGAACAGCAUACCAGAAGCAACAGAAUAGUGGGUGGACAUUCGACGGGAUUCGGAUCCCAUCCAUGGCAAGUUGCUCUGAUAAAAACGGGAUUUUUAACGAAAAAAUUGGCUUGUGGUGGCGCUCUACUUAACGAGAGGUGGAUAGUAACUGCUGCUCAUUGCGUCGCCACAACAACUAAUGGUAAUAUUCGUAUCCGAUUGGGUGAAUGGGACGUACGAGAUCAAGAGGAGAAGCUACCGUUCGAAGAAUAUACGGUGGAACGUAAAGAAGUGCAUCCUUCGUACUCGCCGUCAGAUUUUAAAAAUGACGUAGCUCUAGUUAAGCUCGACAGAAACGUUAGAUUCAAACAGCACAUCUUACCAGUUUGUCUACCCUCUCCCACGAUGAAACUGGUUGGAAAGAAAGCUACAGUAGCAGGCUGGGGAAGAACGAGACAUGGUCAAGCGACUGUCCCUUCGACUUUACAAGAAGUCGAAGUAGAAGUAAUACCAAACGAUAGAUGUCAAAGAUGGUUUAGAGCGGCUGGAAGGCGCGAAAUAAUUCAUGAUGUGUUUCUUUGCGCUGGUUAUAAAGAAGGCGGAAGGGAUUCCUGUCAAGGUGAUUCCGGAGGACCUUUAACGUUAACAAUCGAAGGAAGAAGAACUUUAAUCGGUUUAGUAUCGUGGGGUAUAGGAUGUGGAAGGGAACAUCUACCUGGUGUCUAUACAAAUAUUCAAAAAUUCGUGCCUUGGAUGGAUAAAGUGAUGGCAGGAUGA